AUGGACUCCAAUCUACUCUCCCUUUGGGAGUCCCAAAAAGACGCGGACAUACUACUCACGGCGGGCACAAACCAGUGGCGCCUUCAUGAAAGGGUCAUUCGUGGCAAAAGCCGUCUCAUCGACCGCAUCAUCGACACUGCCGACGCGACAAUAAUGGGUGUAGAGCAAGCUGACAGAAAGAGCGAACAGCAAGAGGGCAUCCGGAAGAUCGUCCUGAAGGAGCACAUCUUCAGUCUCUCGGCACUUGGAGUAACUUUAAAAUUUCUCUAUGUUGGAGACAGUGCUCUGAUCAAAGAAAAUGAGAUCUUCGAGCUACUUUCGGUCUUCCAAACGGCGGCUGCGCUCACGAUACCAUCACUCCAACAACUCGUCGCCCCUCAGAUCGGCAGCCUUUUCAGCAACAUCCUUGAGAGCCGCAUGGAUCUUCUGGACGAUUUCAUGAUUGCAGCCGAUGUCAUUGCCAGCGAACAGGCAGAGUCAUGGACAAUCCUGCGCCAAGAACUCCAGAAAGUCAUUGGUCCUCAUCUAGGAAUGCUUUUCUCUCAGCAAGAGUUCGUGGACCUCGCGAAGAGCCAUGGAAGCUUUUGCUUUGAGACCCUAUCUACUGCAGUGGAACAGAUCAAGGCCUCUGAGAGGCACGCCGAGGCAUUCUUUGAUGCAGCCAAAGCGAAAUCCUCGUUGCCUUCACCUGCCGAGACGAACAUUUCCACCAAGUCUGGAUCCUUGAUAGAGACUGCAGUGGGACCCCUGAAAGUCGCCGCUAGGCCCGUUACCGCAGUCAUCUUUGGUUCCCCAUCGAUUGAUAACAAGCAAUCCGGAAACUCGGAGUUGCCGAAGUUCGAGGGCAAAGUAGAGAAUCACGGCAGCCGACAUCUCUCCCAAAUCCGUGACCCAAGCUGCCCACUGGUCCAUUCAGGGCCGUCAAAGGAGCCUCAGAUGCGCGAGUCCCUCUCUUCCAUCAGCGACGUUGUUUCCAACUCAGAUGCUUCAAUCAAGUGGGAGUCUUGCAGCGAGGGUGACAGUGGUUCACCCCCGAGUGGAGAGAAGUUACAAACUGGUGGUGUGUCGGCCUCGCCCACGCAGCAAACAAGCACCUCAGUCACUCCGACCAGUCAAAGAUGCAAAGAUGAGGAGACGCCCAGUGUUUCUGGCGUUGCUGAGCGAACCAGAACGGAAGAUGAAUUGAGUGGAAGCAGCAUCUCUCAAAGAGAGCAAACUACCGCUCCGAGCCUCUCUGAGCGUCGUGUUCCUCCAGUGUUCUACUUCACUGGCACUAAAAAGUCUGAGCAGCCCAGGGUCGCAAAUAUCGAGCGCCCUGCCGCCAGCCUUGCGUCUGAGGAUGCCCCUGCUCCAAGUUCAGCUCGAAAUGGGCCAAAUCGAAGCAUCGCGCCUCGCAACACUGCUGUAAGGAACGGACCUUCUUCUCUUGACCCUCGUACCGCCAAGCAGGUCAAGAAAGGAAAACUUGUAGUCGAUUCUACCAGUAAGUCUCCCGAGCCGUUUUGCUUUUGGUGGUGGGUAUUCUUUGUUGCUCCUGUUGCUCCUGUAGCCCCUAUUCACCCCUGUCUUCUCGGCCUCCUCGGAACCACUUUCUACAGCACACUAACCCGCAUGUUACAGACAACCGCCGCUCUUCCUUGCAUCCUGUCAAUCUUAGUGGACCCAACAUCGAGUGCAAUCCGUCUUGAGGAGAAAGAAGAAAGAACGGCGGUGGCGAUUCGGCCAGGAGAGAUGGGUUGUAUUGCUACCUUUGACGAUGCGACGGACCUACGUUGUGGCGGAUUCGGAUGGCGAGAAUGA